AUGGCUGAGAAAAGACCUCCAAGAGAGGUUGCUUCCUUGAAAAGUGAGGAUGAUACUCGUGACGCGAUUUCCAUUAUCACUGCCGUUGGCUGUCGGUGUCUUGAACAGCCAAUCAUUGUCCCCGAAGUGUUGGGACUCAGAGGCAGUCUUCCCCAAACCCUGAGAAAAUGGGUCACAGAGUUCCUGCUGCUCUCCGGAGAGGCCCCGGCCCUGACUCAGACUCAGACCUUGAGGGACCCUGCUUGUCCCCCUCAACUCCUCGCGGGCACCGUGGGUGGAGAAAGUGGAGUGCAGGGACCGAGGCCGACACCUCGGUUCAGAUCACUCAACGCAACCGAAGAGCGCGGCCCGGACUUGACUGCAGAGACCCCAGCAGAAGAUGCAGCCAGGGAGGCUUUGGCUGAGGUCACAGACAUUCUGGAGCCUUAAGGACUACAGGAAGAGGCAGAACUACCCGCCCAGAUCUUGGCCCAGUUUGUGGUGGAUUCCCGAAAGAAAGACAAGCUGCAAGUAGUAGACUUCCUGCAAAACUUCUUGGCUCAGGAGGAUGCUUUCCAGGGCCUGGAUCCUGUGGUUUCUGAAGAAACAAGCCGGCAGAAGGCAACUGAAGCCAAGGAGCAAUGGAAAGAACUGAAGGCCACCUACCAAGAGCAUGUGGAGGACAUCACAAGUUCUUUGACCCUGGUCCUUUCCAAAGUGGAAGAGACCCAAGAGAAGAGUUCUCAGCUCCAGGAGGCUCUUGAACAGCUCCAGGCCAAGAAGCAAAUAGCAAUGGAGAAAUACAGAGCAGCCCAAAAGCAGUGGCAUUUGAAACAGGAGAAACAUCUGCAUUCUCUGGCAGAAGUUUCUGCAAAAAUAAGGGAACGUCAUACAGGGACAGAGCAGGCCCUUCAGAAGCUAGAACAGGAACUUGAAACCCUGAAACAGAAGGCAAGACAGGAGCAAGACAAGCUGCAGAGGCAUGAGAUCUUUCUCCAGCUGUUGUCUACCCUGCAGGGUAAACCGCUAUCCCCUGAGUAA